CCUUAAAUUCAGGGUCCAGCUCACAUGGGAAAUGUUCUCUGAGAGUCACGGACAUCCUGUGCAAGAACAUGAAGCACCUGUGGUUCUUCCUCCUCCUGGUGGCAGCUCCCAGAUGGGUCCUGUCCCAGGUGCAGCUGCAGGAGUCGGGCCCAGGACUAGUGAAGCCUUCGGAGACCCUGUCCCUCACCUGCGCUGUCUCUGGUGGCUCCAUCAGCGGUAGUUAUGGCUGGAACUGGAUCCGCCAGCCCCCAGGGAAGGGACUGGAGUGGAUUGGGCGUAUCUAUGGUAGUAGUGGGAACACCUACUACAACCCCUCCCUCAAGAGUCGAGUCACCAUUUCAAGAGACACGUCCAAGAACCAGUUCUCCCUGAAGCUGAGCUCUGUGGCCGCCGCGGACACGGCCGUGUAUUACUGUGCGAGAGACACAGUGAGGGGAGGUGAGUGUGAGCCCAGACACAAACCUCCCUGCAGGGAGGCGGAGGGGGCGGGCGCAGGUGCCGCUCAGGACCAGCAGGGGGUGCAGCUGGUGCAGUUUGGGCCUGAGGUGAAGCAGCCUGUGGCCUCAGUGAAGGUCUUCUGCAAGGCUUCUGGUUACAACUUUACCACCUAUGACACCUCUGUCAGCACGGCGUAUCUGCAGAUCAGCAGCCUAAAGGCUGAGGACACGGCCGUGCAUUACUGUAUGAGAGACACAGUGUGGAAACCCACAUCCUGA